AUGGCACACGGGAACGGCGAGCAUGCUGCCGCCGCCUCCAACGGCUACCCCGCCAAACCCCACUCUUCCGAGCCGACCCCGCGGAGCUUCCACGAUGUGUGCGACGAGCUGCGACAUAGGGUCGACGCCUUCUUGGCCGAGGAGCAGAAGACAGAGGUGUUGCGCAAUGUCCAGGCGCAGCUGCGCGUGUCAAUGGGUGUAGUGGAAGAGGCCUUGGCGAGGUACAGGUGCGUCUGCGCCUAUGUUAGCCCUACUUUUGAAUGCUGA